CGUCACAUCCGCGCUGGGACGCUGCACACAACUCCUUCGGCUCUUUCCACCGCCCCCUUCAAGCCAGAGACGUUCCAACACGCCCCCAACCGGCCCAAGACCCUCUUCUUCGCCACUUGCUUUGGACCCCCGGCCUCACCUCGCCUCCAAAUGGACCCCAACUGCUCCUGCUCUACUGGCGGCUCCUGCAGCUGCGCUGGCUCCUGCACCUGCAAAGCCUGCAGAUGCACCUCCUGCAAGAAGAGCUGCUGCUCCUGCUGCCCCGUGGGCUGCGCCAAGUGUGCCCAGGGUUGCGUCUGCAAAGGGGCCUCGGACAAGUGCAGCUGCUGUGCCUGAUGUCGCAGAUGUCAAUGGAGGAACACGGGCCGACCUGCGUUUUUAUACAACUCUGACUUGAUUGCUACAUUUCCUUUCCUAUGAAAUAUGUGAGUUGUAAUAAAAGUUGUUGACACUCUUC